AUGUCUUUUCUCCAGAGGCUGGAGUCGGUUGUCCCUGGCACAGUGAAGAGAGCUGCUGUUGGGCACGUGCACAGACUGGCUCUGGUCCAUGAAGUUGACAUCAAGCAGGUAGGAAACAGGAUCCACUGCAGCUCAGAGGGGAUCUACCCUGAACCGGAGCUCACCUGGUCCACCAGGCCUCCGUCCACUGUGACCUUCGAGAACACAACCACAGUCCAGCAGACUGAACAGCGUCUCUAUAGCAUCAGUAGCUCUCUGAUAGUUUCGGACAGUGUCACUAGUCUGGACUACAUCUGCACAGUCAGCACUCACACAAACAGGAGGACAGCCACUGUGUUUAAACGAAGUCCCAUCAGCACAGCAGACAGUGAAACAACAAUCCAGUGCACCUCUACAAACAGUCCUCUAACAGGCCUCGUCUGGAGGUUCAACCACAGUCAGACCAUCCUAACCCAGACCGGGCCUGACGCCCUUGUCAACGUGUCAGAGGGGUGGGAGCAUCAUGUGAAGAGUGUGUCAGAGUCGGGCAGCCUCACACUACAGAAGUUAUCUUCAAACCAUGAGGGAGUGUACACCUGUGAGCUCAGUGGUGCUGCGCCGACGACUGUCACCAGCACCUUUCUGAGGAUAGACACAGAGACUUCACAUAAUCGCGGAGCCAUUGUUGGUGGGGUGAUUGGAUUUGUAGUCCUGGUCCUGGUCCCGGUUGUAGUAUGCCUACUAUACUGGUAUUUUAAAAGACAGAAAGGUAAAAGCAUUUUCUGCCUUCACCUUUUUAUUUAUUUAGUGAGUUUGUUUUACAUUGGGAACAUCAGACUUCAGGCUUGAACUGGUGUUUUGACUCAUGAACAUCCCUGAUACUGUCACCUCUGAUGUGCAACCUCCCAGUCAUUUUACAGUGCACUGCAUACUGUAUUUUAAUUAACCAGCAAAUAAUAAAUUAAAACACAUCCUCUAAGUUUAGCUUGAAUUUAACCCUUUAGCAUACAGUUUCAUCCUCUUAAGGAGUGAACCCACCAGUCGGUUAGUGAUGUGAACCUGCUGUGUCUCUCCAAAACAACCCAGGUUCACAAAGUUGUGACGCUUGAUAGGAAAAUGUUUUGUCAAAGAAACGAGGGUAAAACGAAAGAAGUAACCAAAUUAAAUUCAAAGCUUUAUGUUUGAUGUAAUUGUUUUACAGAAGUGGUUUUUCAUGUUUUAGAAGAAAAAAAACUUGAAUUUUCAUAACUGAAUUUGAUUAAAUUUUGUUUACAGACAAAGCAGGAGAAAGAAUGCCUUCUGAGAACAUUGUCCUCUUAAAAAAGAACAUAGAGGCACUACUAACUCUCAGAGCAACUAACAGCAACAGCAGCAACAAACCAACCUACUCUGCAAAGCCAAAUUCAAAUGAACGCCACUAAAUAGGGAUAUCCUACCUCUGAACACACUCAUCCGCAAAGUGAUUCACAUGACAAACCCAACCAACCAGCUGAUUUGUAUGACGUCAGAUGCAUUCAACUGCUUCAAACGUCACCAAAACACGCCUCGGCACAGUGGUUCUGUUCAAUUACUUCAUGAGCUAUGGCGCAUGUGUCGGAGCCUCGGGAGUCAGAGGGCCAUCACUACCUGGAUCUUUGCCCCCGUCUCUCCUUUGUUCCUGACUUUGGUUUAUUUCACUGGUUUGGUUUGUACCCAGCUCCCUGACCUAGUUUUGUACUUUUGUUUUACUACGUCAGGUUGAACCUUGUAUUUUGCUCUCAUUUCUUGUUUUGUGUUGCAUUAAAAUGCUAUUGAACUCUG